ACACUAAAUUGACCUCUAAUGACUGCAAAUUUAGUUUUAGGUUAUAUGUAGUGAAUAAAAUAUUUUCUUGAUCAAAUUUCAUGUAACAGUGGAAUGGUUAGAUUAAUACGUAAUUUAGUUAGGAAUAGUAAAUUAUUUUUUAAACUCAGUUCUAACAUUAAUUCACGUGAUACACAAAUAUAUAUACAAAGAAACUUAGGUUUUACUAGCAAAAUGUUUAAAUCAGCAGUCCUUAAUCUUCAUGAGGCUUCACACGAUCAAGUUCAAGAAUUUCUGAACUCUUUCGACACUGUUUUAACCGACUGCGAUGGUGUUUUGUGGAUAGACAAUAAUGCUAUACCUGGAUCAGCUGAUGCUAUGAACUAUUUUCGUAAACUAGGAAAGAGGAUAUUUUAUGUGACAAAUAAUUCAACAAAAAUUCGUAGAGAUUUUGCUGCAAAAGCUCAACAAUUAGGCUUUAUAGCCAGUGAGGAAGAGAUUUUAUCAACUGCGUAUUUGGUGGCCCAUUAUUUGAAAGGCAUAGGGUUUACAAAAAAGGUUUAUUUGUUAGGCUCUAAUGGCAUUGGUGAAGAAUUGAAAGCUGUUGGUAUAAGGCACAUUGGUGUUGGGCCAGAUGAAGUUAAACCAGACUUCAAAAAUAUGAAACCAUCAGAACUAGAUCCAGAAGUUGGAGCUGUAGUUGUGGGCUUUGAUGAACAUGUGAGUUACCCAAAAUUCAUGAAAGCCGCAUCCUAUCUCUCAUCUGAAGAGUGUCUGUUUAUAGCCACUAACACUGAUGAGAGAUUUCCAAAAGCUGGUUCCAUUGUAGUGCCUGGUACAGGUACUCUGGUGCGAGCGGUUGAAACAUGCUCAGAGAGGAAAGCACUUGUCCUAGGCAAACCCCAUGCUUAUGUGAGAAAAUUUCUGGAAUCCUGUGGCCUAAAUCCUGCAAGAACUUUGAUGAUUGGAGACAGAUGUAACACCGAUAUUGAGCUGGGUGUAAGGUGCGGUUUCCAAACUUUAUUGGUGUUGUCUGGAGUCACUUCUACAAAGGAUAUAGAAAAAAUACGCAAUGAGAAAAAACCACCAUUACCUGAUGUUGUCUUACCUAAACUGGGGGAUAUAAUUUCUCUAGUACCUUCCUAGUACCAAUUGUAGUGAAUUACAUUAGCUAAUCAUAGAUGUAGUAAGCCAAAUAGGUCAAUUGUUAAAGAAUUGUAAUAACUUAAUUUUAAAGUAUUUCAGUGUGAUAUUUAUCAGUAGCUAAUCCAGUAAUUGCUCUCUAGGUUGGUGUUAAUUGUGGAGAUUUUGUUCAUUUGAUGAUGCAUAAUUUUGUACAUAAAGUUAAAGCUUAACGGCUUAUGACUCAAAGUCUUUAAUUGACCACUCACGGUACUAUUUUGACGGUAGUCUCCUAUUGUCAACUGACAUGGCUAAAAAGCGAGGUAGAUCAAAUAGGGACUUUUAUUUUCUCAUUAAAACCAAUGUAUCAGGAAGUAAAAUUGUGUGCCAUGGGAAGGGAUGGAACUCGCCACCACCAACACGGCAGUCCAGUGUACUUCCCAUUAUAUUAUUAAAGCCAUUAUAUUAUUGCUUGCAUUGUCAAGUUUCAUGACGUAAUAACACUGACAAAAUGAACAUAGCAUGUCAUUAACAGAAUGCUAAAUUUGCAGAGCAUUAUUCAGUCUUUUAUUGCUAUUUAUAUUUUUAAUCUAUGUGUAAAUACAGAGCAAGUUAUGUAGAUAAAUAUAUACUGUUUUUAUGUGAAAAAUACAAGCCAAUGAGAUAUGA